GCGCCAUCUAGACGCAGCGGAGCGACACUCUCCUACAUCCUCCAGAAGAAUGGAGGAAAUAGACAAGAAGCUCAGAGCUGAUGGCGUUCAGAAAAAAGUCAUAUCUCCCGGAAAAGGAGAACUUUCAACGUUUCCCAAUGGAACAAAGGUGAAAUUUCAUUACCGCACAAGCCUCUGUGAUGGCACUGUGUUGGAUGACUCCAGGACAAUGGGAGGUCACAGUAAACCUAUGGAGCUCAUACUGGGGAAGAAGUUCAAGCUUCCUGUGUGGGAGCAGGUGGUCACCACUAUGACAGAGGGGGAAGUGGCUGAGUUCACCUGUGAUGUUAAGCACACAGCUCUCUACCCUCUGGUUUCUCUGUCACUACGCAACAUCAGCCGUGGAAAAGACCCACUGGAAGGACAGAGACACUGCUGUGGAAUAGCUCAGGUUCACUCGCAUCAUUCUAUGGGUCACCCUGAUCUGGAUAAGUUGCAGGCCAAUCCUCAGCCUCUAGUUUUUACUCUGGAAAUGCUAGAGAUCUUGCCCCCUGGAUCCUUCCAAAUGGAAAUAUGGGCAAUGACAGAUGAGGAGAAACUGCAGGUCAUACCACAGAUCCAUGAGGAGGGAAACACACUCUUCAAGAGUGGAGAUAUUUCAGCAGCUUCUGAGAAGUACUACAGUGCCAUAGCUUGUCUGAAGAACCUACAGAUGAAGGAGCGUCCGGGUGAUGACCAUUGGAUCAAACUAGAUCUCAUGAUCACCCCUCUCCUCCUCAACUAUUGCCAGUGCAAGCAUCUUUUGGGCCAGUACUAUGAGGUUUUGGACCACUGCUCUUCUAUCAUCAACAAGUACAAUGAUAAUGUGAAGGCAUAUUUCAAACGAGGGAAAGCUCAUGCAAUGGUAUGGAACGAAGCACAGACAAGAGCUGACUUUGCCAAAGUUAUUGAACUAGACCCAUCACUUGAAACCUCAGUUGCAAAGGAGUUGAGGGUAAUGGAGGAUCGCAUUCGGGAUAAACAGAAAGAGGAGAAGGGAUGCUACAAAAACCUUUUCAACUACAGCAGCAAAGCCUCUGCUACAACUUCCACGGGCUGAAACAAAGAUGAAAGACCAAUUUUACAUUUAGAAGGAUGCAGUAAGGCCACUGUCAAGUUGGAGCACAUGCACUAUAACUUAAUUCCUCACAAGUUCAUAUUGUUUAUCCCCUCCUCAUGUUU